AUGGCAAGUAAGGUAACGCCUACAUCACUGGGCAUCUUCACCACGAAGCCAAAAUUUCCAAACUAUGCAAUACCAACAAAACGAUUGGAAUCCUUCACAGAAUCAUCAACACCGUGGCCAGAUGCUAGUCACAUUGACGUGAACGAGUUAGUAUCUGCUGGCCUAGUAUACUCAGGUGUGGGCGAUGCUGUCCGUUGUUACUAUUGCGGCGGUGGUCUAAAACAUUGGGAGAUCGGUGAUGAUCCGAUGUAUGAACAUGCGAGAUGGUUUCCAACGUGUCCGCAUAUCGUUAUUUGUAAGGGAAAAGAUUACGUUGAAAAAGCAAGGCUGGGUGAACAUCCAUCCAUAUCAAAACAAAAGGAAAAGGUAAACCAAUCCGAUGAACAGGAAUCAUCAAUUUCACGCCAAGAAACAGCCAUGGAAGCAGCGGCGAGUUUGGUUACCACAUGGAUUGGAUACGCAUAG